AUGACAAAUAAUAUAGCAAAAUUCCAACAUUUUCCUUUUCAUUUAGUAGAUCCUUCUCCUUGGCCUAUUUUAACUGCUUUUUCUUUAUUAAAUUUAACAAUAGGUGGAGUUUUAUAUAUGCAUGGAUAUAGUUAUGGAGGAUAUGUUUUAAGUCUAGGAUUCAUAUUAACAGUUUAUUCUAUGACAUUAUGGUUUAAAGAUGUUGUAAUAGAAGCAACAUAUUUAGGACACCAUACAAAAGAAGUAAAAAAUGGAAUAAUGAUAGGAUUAAUUUUAUUCAUUGUAAGUGAAGCAUUUGCUUUCUUAUCUGUUUUCUGGGCUUUCUUCCAUUCUAGUUUAUCUCCUGCUAUUGAAAUAGGAGGUGUUUGGCCUCCAAUAGGUAUUACACCUUUAGAUCCUUUUGCAAUACCUUUAUUAAAUACUUUCUUAUUAUUAUCAAGUGGAGCAUUUAUUACUUAUGGUCAUCAUGCUUUAAUUGCUGGUAAUAGAAAAGGAGCAAUAGAUGGAGUAUUAAUAUCUAUAAUAUUAGCUUUAAUCUUUACUGCUUUACAAUAUUAUGAAUAUUCUGUUGCUGGAUUUACUAUAGCAGAUGGUGUAUAUGGAUCAGCUUUUUAUGCUUCAACUGGUUUACAUGGUUUCCAUGUUAUAAUUGGAACUAUAUUUAUAGCAGUAGCUUUUAUAAGAAUAAUUAACUAUCAAUUAACAAAUAAACACCACAAUGGAUUUGAAUCAAGUAUUCUUUACUGGCACUUUGUUGAUGUUGUUUGGUUAUUCUUAUUUGUAGCUGUUUAUUUCUGGGGAAAUACUUAA